AUGCCGCCUCAAAACCGAGCCCGUAUCGCUGAUAGCGUCGACGGCCCAUUGGCACCACAAGACAAUAAUAGUACGGGCGAGAGCCGAAAUUCUUCCGAAGAACAACAUCCAGGAGACGGCGACGACGGCAGCCCUGAAGUUGUUUCGUGGCGACCACUGUAUAAGUUUGGCAUUCUGCUUCUAUUGGAUGGCGUAACAUCGACUCUGUUUCUCUUGCCGAUUUUCCAUCCCGUUGAACAAUGGGAAGAUAUCAACGAACAAAAUCCCUACCAAUUUUCCAUGGCUCGCUCUCUCUAUGAUGUGGCCAUACUGUCGUGGCUGCGUCUCUUGUCGGCCCUGGUGGCGUUGCUCUUGGCAUAUCAUCGCCCUCGACGACAAGAAGAAGAUGAUGAUGACUGUCAUUCUCACGACCACUUGAAAACCAAAGAAGAUGUAUGGAUCUCCAUCAAAGCCAUGGCGCGCCUCAACGUCGAAAUUGGAGUGUACAAUGAAACCAAACCAACGCAUCCACUCUUUUGGUUGGCACUGGCCAUGACGGGCAUCUGGUGUUUGUUGGAAUGUGCCUACAUGGAUGCCACUGAAUCCUUUGUGUGUUCAUUGUCCACCAAAACAACAACCACAACCACCACGCCAGAAACACCAACAGAAGACUUGACACAACCACUCAUAUCGUCGUCAGGAGGAGGGGAACACAACAACCAACGACAACAAGCCAAAAGCAAAAAGAAGAAAAAGAAACACAAGGGCAGUAGUGGUUUGGACGAUAGUGAAUAUGAAGCAACUUGGUCGGACAUUGUACUCUUUGUCUUGCCCGAUCGUCACUGGUUGCUCUUGGCCACCCUCUUUCUCUUGGCGGCUUCGGUCUGCAACGUCUUUAUUCCACACUUUACGGGCAAGAUUCUAGAUGCCCUCGUGGCACCCCACAACAACAACACGGACGACCUCAUGGCGGAUGACAAUGACAAUUCCAUUCUCCAUAUUCCCGGAUUCGUCGGCAACAUUGAAAAGCUGGUUCUAGUGAGCAUAUUAGGUGGAGUCUUUAGCGGUUUUCGAGGCGCCAUCUUUUCCGUCGUGGGAGCUCGCUGCAAUGCUCGAUUGCGCAUUCAACUCAUGGACUCGCUCCUGUGUCAAGACAUUGGCUUUUACGAUACCACACGCACCGGCGAAAUCACCAGUCGCAUCAGUAGUGACUGCUCCGUCGUCGGAUCCGCUGUCACCAACAAUGUCAAUACAUUUCUACGAUCCAUUGUGCGAGCGGCUGGGGUACUGAUCUUUAUGUGUUUCAUCAGUUGGCAAUUGUCAUUGUUGGCCUUUUUGACCAUUCCCGCCGUAUCCAUGACCUCCAAAGUCUAUGGACGAUAUGUCCGAAAACUCUCCAAAGCACAGCAAAAGAAACUGGCCGAAGGAAACAAUGUAUCCGAGUGUGUCAUUUCCUCCAUGAGCACUGUAAGAGCGUUUGGAGCUGAGAAAAUGGAAAUGAAAGAGUUUGUGGAAUGCAUGGACAAGUUUCUACGAUUCAAUCUACAGUCGGCGGUGGCAACCUUUGGGUAUCAAACCUUUAUUGGAGCCUUGCCACAGUUGGUAAAGGCAUUGGUGUUAUUCUACGGUGGACUCCUCGUUCAGUCUGAUCGAAACCCCAUGACGGGAGGGCAACUCAUCACCUUUAUCUUGUACCUGACGACAUUGGCCGAAUCGUUCAACAGUCUGGGGGGCAUUUAUGCUUCGUUGAGUCGGGCCGUGGGGGCAUCGGAAAAGGUCUUUGCUCUUAUGCAUCGCAAGCCGAAAAGAAGCAUCCCAAGGGGACCACCUGAUGAAAUCAACGAUGUUCUGCCACUGGACGGGGACAUUGAGCAACAACCUCUGACAAGCGAAGCAAACGACAAUCAAACACCGCCCAAUGCCGAACUGGAGGAAGAGAAGAAGAAGAGCUUGCUACGACUACUUCUUAGCCCCAGCGAAAAGCCAAAGAGUCUGGUCGAAGAGGCAUAUACACGUGGUUUGUACACACCGGAUGACCAACCUGGCGAGAUCACGUUUCACAACGUAGAAGCCCGAUACCCCGCGAGACCGCAGCGUGUGGUAUUGGAUGGGCUUGACCUUACCAUUCCGGCUGGAAGCAUCUGUGCCCUGGUGGGAAGCAGUGGGUCUGGGAAAUCAAGCAUUGUCAAGCUGAUUCAAAACCUCUACGAACCCAGCAAGGGAAGUGUGUGCAUUGAUGGCGUGGAUGUACGAGAAUUAAGUCAAGAAUGGCUGGCAAAACAUGUGGCGGUUGUAUCUCAGGAACCGACACUGUUUGCUCGGUCUUGCAGAGACAACAUAACCUACGGAUUGGAAACCACCAAUGCCGACGGAGAAAACAGCGCAGACGGCUCUGCCGUGGUAGUAUCUGACGAAAGGGUCAAGGGGGCUGCCCGUUUGGCCAAUGCAGACAGUUUCAUCGAACGGUUGCCGCAAGGAUACAAUACAGAAGUGGGCGAACGGGGGAUCCAGCUAUCUGGAGGACAAAAGCAGAGAGUUGCAAUUGCUCGUGCCAUUGUGAGAAACCCUCGCAUACUACUUUUGGAUGAGGCGACUGCUGCGCUUGAUUCGGAAUCAGAAUUCAUUGUGCAGCAGGCCCUUGACAACAUGAUAUCCGCACAGCGGGCUUCGGCAGAGCAUUCCAGGUCUCCCAUGACGGUUGUCAUGGUUGCCCACAGAUUAUCCACGGUUCGAAACGCGGAUAUAAUCUUUGUAGUGGAGGGCGGCAAGGUUGUAGAAAAGGGGAACCAUGCCGAACUCAUUGCCAAUGAGAACGGCGUGUACAAAGCGCUGGUAUCAAGGCAAAUGAGUUCAGACUAG